GCGCGGGCUGGCACAGGCGGGCGGCGCGCGCUGCAGGUGGCAACUUGGGGGUGCCGCCACCACCGCUGCGGGCCGAGCCCGGGUCUGGCGGGCCCUUUCCAGCCUCGGGCGGCCCCUUCCCGCCGCCAAACCCGAGACUAGACCCGGGGAAUCCGAAGGAAAGAGCCGCGGCGCAGGGGAGCAGCCCUUACCCCUCCUCUGCCCUUGCGCUACUUUUUUUCUUCAAGGAAGGUUGUGCCUGGGGGCUGAGAACAGGCUCCAGGAGGCGCCGGAGAGGAAGGCUCCCGGUGACCCAGGACCAUCGACCAUGACGACCGAAUCCGGCUCAGACUCGGAAGCCAGGCCGGAGCAGGAGGCCGAGCCGCGGGAGGCGGGCGGCGAGGAGCGGCGCGCCCAGGAGGUGCUCGCGGCCGCGCCCGGCAGCCCCGCGCCGGAGCAGGUCGCUGACAAGGAACAGGAGUUUGCUGCUGCAGCUGCAAAGCAGCUCGAAUAUCAGCAGUUUGAAGACGAUAAACUUUCUCAAAAAUCAUCUAGCAGUAAGCUAUCUCGAUCUCCACUAAAGAUUGUCAAAAAGCCUAAAAGUAUGCAGUGCAAAGUGGUGCUUCUGGAUGGAUCAGAAUAUGGCUGUGAUGUGGAGAAACGCUCCAGAGGCCAAGUGCUGUUUGAUAAAGUAUGUGAACAUCUGAACUUGCUAGAAAAAGACUACUUUGGGCUUACAUAUCGAGAUGCUGAAAACCAGAAGAAUUGGUUGGACCCUGCUAAGGAAAUCAAAAAACAGAUUCGAAAUGGUGCUUGGCACUUUUCAUUUAAUGUGAAAUUUUACCCGCCAGACCCUGCCCAGCUAUCUGAAGAUAUCACCAGGUACUACCUCUGCUUACAAUUGCGAGAUGACAUCGUGUCUGGGAGGCUACCCUGCUCCUUUGUCACCCUCGCCCUGUUGGGCUCCUACACUGUCCAGUCAGAACUUGGAGACUAUGACCCGGAUGAAUGUGGGAACGAUUACAUUAGUGAGUUCCGCUUUGCACCAAACCACACGAAAGAGCUGGAAGACAAAGUGAUCGAGCUGCACAAGAGCCACAGAGGAAUGACGCCAGCAGAAGCAGAGAUGCAUUUCUUGGAAAAUGCCAAAAAACUAUCCAUGUAUGGGGUAGAUUUACAUCAUGCCAAGGAUUCUGAGGGAGUAGAAAUUAUGCUAGGAGUUUGUGCAAGUGGUCUGUUGAUAUAUCGUGACCGACUGCGAAUAAACAGAUUUGCCUGGCCUAAGGUUCUAAAAAUUUCAUACAAACGGAACAACUUUUACAUUAAGAUCCGGCCGGGAGAGUUUGAACAAUUUGAAAGCACCAUUGGGUUUAAGCUGCCAAACCAUCGAGCCGCCAAGCGUCUAUGGAAAGUAUGUGUUGAACACCAUACAUUUUUCAGACUGUUGUUACCAGAAGCACCUCCAAAGAAAUUCCUUACCUUGGGUUCCAAGUUUCGUUACAGUGGCAGAACGCAAGCCCAGACGAGAAGAGCCAGUGCAUUGAUCGAUCGUCCAGCCCCCUACUUUGAGCGCUCGUCCAGCAAACGUUACACCAUGUCUCGCAGCUUGGAUGGAGCAUCAGUGAAUGAAAACCAUGAAAUAUACAUGAAGGAUUCUGUGUCUGCUGCAGAGGUUGGUACUGGCCAGUACGCCACAACAAAGGGCAUCUCUCAAACCAACUUGAUCACCACUGUGACUCCGGAGAAAAAGGCCGAAGAAGAGCGUGGCGAGGACGAGGACAGACGGAAGAAGGCAGAGGAGGCCACGCCCACUGCAGUCGUGCGGCAAGAGGGAAAGACCGACAGUGAGCGCACGGACACCGCCGCUGAUGGGGAAACCACUGCCACGGAGUCGGACCAGGAGGAAGAUGCAGAGCUCAAGGCACAGAAUAGUCUGAUUAAGCGAAUAAAGGGUGAAAAUGUGUAUGUCAAACAUAGUAAUCUUAUGUUAGAGGAGCUAGAUAAAACUCAAGAUGACCUGAUGAAACAUCAGACCAAUAUCAGUGAGCUGAAAAGAACCUUUCUAGAAACCUCCACAGACACUGCCAUCACAAAUGAAUGGGAAAAGAGGCUUUCUACCUCUCCAGUGCGACUGGCCGCCAGGCAGGAGGACGCACCCAUGAUUGAACCGCUGGUCCCUGAAGAGACCAAAGAAGAAAGAGAGAUUUCUGAAAAAGUUGUGUUUUUGCAGCAAGGAAGCUCUCCAUUCCUUGAGUCCCAGCCGAGUGUGAUGAAGAGAACACAGGAGGGAGACUCCGUGGGCUCUGUGGUUACCUCGCGCCAAAUCGUUUUCCAGAAAACUGUCCCAUCGACCCUAGAGACUAAACAGUCUACUGGUGAAAAGCUCAUGGAUGGCUCUGAAAUCUUCAGUUUAUUAGAGUCUGCAAGAAAACCGACAGAAUUCAUAGGAGGGGUUACUUCUGCUUCUCAAAGCUGGGUUCAGAAAACAGAAACCCAGGCAGAGUCCACCGAAGCUGCCCAGCACCCCCAGCCAGUCAGCACUGAGAAGGUUGUGCAGGAAACCGUGUUGGUGGAGGAAAGAUUCGUGAAGCAUGUGCACGCAAGCGGCGAUGCUUCUCACGUGGCUGGAGACGACGGGGAUGCUGCAGCCCAGGUGGCGUCUGCUGAUGCUUCUGGUGCUAAAGGGAAGGAUGGUUCUGCUCUGACGGAGGGGGCUAAGGAGGAAAAAGGGGAGGUGGCCGAUCAAGCUGUCCUCAAACCGGAAGAGAUGGCCACUGCUUCCCACGAGCCAGAGGAGGAGCCGAGUGCGGCAAUCCAUAUUUCUGAAACUUUGGAACCUCCUUUUGAGGCGUCAGCUGUGAAGACAGAAAUCAUCAGCUUUGGCAGUGUUUUACCAGGAGGAGUAAAGCUUGAAAUUUCUACCAAGGAGGUGCCGGUGGUUCACACAGAGACAAAAACCAUAACAUAUGAAUCAUCACAGGUUGACCCUGGUGCUGAUCUGGAGCCGGGCGUGCUGAUGAGCGCACAGACGAUCACGUCAGAAACCACCAGCACCACGACCACCACCCAUAUCACCAAAACUGUGAAAGGAGGCAUUUCAGAGACGAGAAUUGAGAAGCGCAUCGUCAUCACGGGAGACGCGGACAUUGACCAUGACCAGGCUCUGGCUCAGGCAAUUAAAGAGGCCAAAGAGCAGCACCCUGACAUGUCAGUGACCAAAGUAGUGGUCCACAAGGAGACGGAGAUCACCCCUGAAGAUGGCGAGGACUGACGCCAGGACUAGCUCAGCCUGCGUACGAGUCCAGGCACGCCAGCCGAGAGAGCCAGAGCCCGGAGGCCCCCCGGACCCGCCGACUUCAUCUGCCCGCGGAAGACUCCAUCCGGAAGACCUGACCUUGACCCUUAAUAAAGACACUGGCAGAGAGAUCUUCCCUUAAUAAAACAAUCCAAAUCAGCAUCACUAAACUGAUAUUGCAUGAAGCAAUGGUAACGUUACAAAAGAGCAGCAUUUUUAAUUUUCACCAAGUGUCUCAGUUUUCAGCUACUCCUGCACGUUCAUAACCGACAGUAGACACCGCGAUCUCAUGUAACAUAAGCAGUUCAUGCCUUUCAUAGCUCAUUACUAUUAAAAUCUAAGCAAAGUUUCAAUUUCUUAGGUGACAGCUCUUUUGUUUACAGACAAAUGAAGAUUACCCUGAAAUGCUCCAGUGUGUCAGGUUUAUUCCAGAUUAGAUGUGCCAAUAACCACAUUUAUUCAGGAAACGACUUGAAUCUUGUCCUCGUUUCGUCUGCUCUUACUACUUACCCGUGAACAGUGAUGACUCUGAUCCUCCAGAAAUAUUUCAUGCUUCCAGUCCUGCUUUGUGUACCUAAUUUAAUUCAUUAAAAGGUAGUACUGAUUUUAGCAUAUUAAUGUGAUUUUUUUCCUUCUCCACUUUGGUCUGCAUUCAAUCUGGAAAGCUUCCCGGAGUUCCUUAACAAGUCCUGAAUGCGGAAAUUGUCAUUGUUUUGGGAAGAAAAUCUGUAUUUUUAUUAGUUUACAAUAUUAUGAGAUUUCACUCCAGGACAACCUAUUGGGUUUCUGAGGGUUUGUUUUCUUUCUUCGUUUCCUCUUCCUUGUAUUUUUUCAUUGGUUUUUCUUCUUUUACUUGAAAAAGGUUUUAUUUCCAAAUCUGGUCCAUAUUUACAAUCUAGUUCAGAGCCAAGCCUUAAACUGUACAGAAUUUCCACUGUAAUUAAACUAUUUAGCGUUUAGUUAUAAAUAGCCUUCAAGAAGAUAUAUUCUCCAUUACACUGUCCACUGCAUCACAUAGCCCGUGGCGAAUGUACGUUUCUGCAUAGCGAAAUAAAAAUGGUUCAUGCGUUUAAAA